UGAUCGAGGCAAUAUCCAUGUGUGUGCGGAACCAAAAUGGCGGAACACAGUGGACAAUACGACGCAGCUAACACUGCAAAACGAAACCAAAACCCACCCCAAAUGGCCUCCAAAAGUCCUGGUAACCGCCACAAAAAUGUCCAGAAAUCCACCAAGAAUCAGGAUCCCGGAGAGGAGGUGGAAUUGGUGCAAGCUCCGGAGACUGAGCAGCUGAGGUUUCCGUCUACCUCCAAGGCGGUGGAAGGACUGUUGACUUUCCUGAUUCUUUUCUUGGCCUGCCUCGCUGCGUUCAGCUCCCGGCUCUUUGCCGUGAUACGCUUCGAGAGCAUCAUCCACGAGUUUGAUCCUUGGUUCAAUUAUCGCUCCACUCAUCACCUUGUGUCCCAUGGAUUCUACAACUUUCUCAACUGGUUUGAUGAGAGGGCCUGGUAUCCAUUGGGCAGGAUCGUUGGUGGCACGGUUUAUCCCGGUCUCAUGGUGACAUCUGGCGCGAUCCAUUGGUUUGCUCAUCUGCUCAACAUCCCCGUGCACAUACGAGAUGUGUGCGUGUUUCUAGCCCCCCUCUUCAGUGGGUUCACUGCAUUGGCUGCCUAUGGUCUUACCAAAGAGCUAUGGAGUCCAGGGGCUGGUCUACUAGCUGCUUGCUUCAUUGCCAUUGUGCCAGGUUACAUCUCCCGCUCAGUGGCUGGUUCCUAUGACAACGAAGGCAUCGCUAUAUUUGCUCUUCUCUUCACCUAUUAUUUGUGGUUGAAAGCGGUCAAGACUGGUUCAGUAUCAUGGGCAGCUGCUACAGCAUUAUCCUACUUCUAUAUGGUAUCUGCCUGGGGUGGCUAUGUCUUCAUCAUCAAUCUCAUACCCCUUCAUGUGUGUGUGUUACUCAUGAUGGGCAGGUUUUCAUACCGCAUCUAUGUAGCUUUUAGUGUGUUCUACAUCCUGGGUACUGUGUUUUCAAUGCAGGUGCCUUUCGUUGGCUUUCAGCCCGUUAGAACUAGCGAGCACAUGGCAGCAGCAGGUACCUUUGCGCUUCUUCAAGCCUACGCAUUCCUGAAAUACGUCCAGGACUUUCUCUCCAAGAAGGAGUUCCGGGCGUUGUUUUUCUUUGGCGUCAUGGGAACGGCCGGUGUUGUGUUCUUGUCGGUCGUUCUACUCACGUAUGCAGGUUUUAUAGCACCUUGGAGUGGGCGUUUCUAUUCACUAUACGAUACUGGCUAUGCCAAGAUCCAUAUUCCCAUCAUAGCGUCCGUCUCAGAGCAUCAACCCACCACCUGGGUCUCCUUCUUCUUUGAUCUUCACAUCUUAGUCUGUACCUUCCCAGCAGGCCUCUGGUUUGUCAUCAAAGACAUCAACGAUGAGAGGGUCUUCAUUGUCCUAUACGCUCUAAGCGCUGUGUACUUUGCCGGUGUCAUGGUCCGUUUGAUGUUGACUCUGACUCCCGUAGUCUGCAUCCUAGCCUCCAUUGCCAUCUCCAAGACACUGACGGAGUAUCUAGACAACGACACAGGGUCCGGAGGCAAGAAGAAGGUUGAGGAGGAGGGGGAGGAGACUGAGGAGGAUGAGGAGGAGGUGGAUCGUAAGAACAGGAAGCUCUAUGAUAAGGCUGGCAAGAUCCGUAAACCCAAACUGGAUCAGGACAAAGAUAGUGACGGCAUGGGAACCAACCUGAAAGGUUUUGUUGUCAUGGCGUUGUUGAUGAUGCUGAUGAUGUUUGCCGUCCACUGUACCUGGGUGACUAGCAACGCUUACUCUAGCCCUAGUAUAGUGCUAGCGACCUACAACAAUGAUGGGACCCGCAACAUCUUAGACGACUUCCGAGAAGCGUACUACUGGCUGAGCCAGAACACAGGAGAGAAAGACCGUGUGAUGUCCUGGUGGGACUAUGGCUACCAGAUAGCAGGCAUGGCUAACAGAACCACACUGGUGGAUAACAAUACAUGGAAUAAUAGCCAUAUAGCAUUGGUUGGCAAGGCCAUGUCAUCCAAUGAGACACAAGCUUACAAGAUCAUGCGGGAGCUGGAUGUCAACUAUGUCUUGGUUAUAUUCGGUGGUGUGAUUGGCUACUCAGGCGAUGACAUCAACAAGUUUCUCUGGAUGGUCCGUAUCGCUGAAGGGGAACACCCUAAGGACAUCAGAGAAUCAGACUACUUCACAGUCAACGGUGAGUUCCGUGUGGAUAGUUCUGGCUCCCCAACGCUCCUGAACUGCCUCAUGUACAAGAUGUGCUACUACCGCUUUGGAGAAAUGCAGCUUGAUUUCAGAAGCCCGGCUGGCUACGACCGUACCCGCAAUGCCGAGAUCGGCAACAAGGAUAUCUCCUUCAAGCAUCUGGAGGAGGCAUACACCACCGAGCACUGGCUGGUCCGCAUCUACCGCGUCAAACCAUUAGAUAACAGGGAGCCCUCUACUGACAAGGUCUCCAAAAAGUCCAAGAAAAAGUUCUACUCAAAGAAGACAAGUAAAAGAAAGCGAGGUUCCAUCAAGAACAAGCCGGUUGUCAAGAAGGGCAAACGCAAGACGACUACACGCAAGUCCUCGUCCAAAACCACCGGCAAGAAACAGCGUACCAAGUAAGCUGUCAUCCAAACCCAGGGCCGACAGGUUUUAUAAUUCAUUGGAAUCCAUUUCUUUUCUGAAGAUAAAAUUAAAAUGAUUUGACCACUCAUGGUUGGUUCAUACUUGGCAUGAAUUCAAACACAAACAUGAAUAUUCAAAGGUUGAACACAUUUUAAUUCUGGCAAAUCUUGCAUUAAGUGUUUUAUGAUGUCAAGUUUAGUUUGUAUUCACGCAAAGUAUAAAAUAGCUCUUACACAUGCAAAUAAAAAGCACUAAAAGAAAGCUACUGGAAAAGAUUCAACUGUCCAUUCUUAAUUAGAUGGAGUAUGUCAAGUUGUAAGCAAUUGACUUAUUGCCAUACAGUAGCUGUUCCUUUUCCAAAAUCUUGAAAUGUCCCUGUUCUAUUAAGCGCAGAUGCUUUUCAAGAAGCUUUCUUCUCAUAGAGCAUGUGUGUAGUUUUUCUGUUUGGUUGACUUCAGAAAAUGGUGGAUCUCUUUAAGUAGGAUCUCUAGAAGCAUUGUUUCUACCCAGAAUUAAACAGUAGGUGUAAUUUUUUUUUUAAGUAAAAAGAAUUGGGAGGGAAUGGUCACCAAAGACUGCUUUACAGUCAUUGAUUUUUCUAGUGUGUUUUGUAUAAUGGUUAAGUGACGUUUCUGCAGAAGAAGCAAUUUUAAGUGAAGGGGGCAUAUCCUGAGGUUUAUAUCGCAGUAACAAUGUUUGUUUGAUCUUUUGAUGUUGAUGACAAUCAAUGUCAGGGCUUUGUUUGAACACUGGCAUUCUAGCUAAAUUGAACUUCAAUAUAGGGAAGUCCAGUGAUCAUUUCUUAGAAAUCCAAAUGGGCAUAGUUCGUGAUUACACACUGACAAAGAAUUGAAACCUCAUUUUGAUUGUGGGAUUCACGGUAGGUGUCACACUGUAUAGAUGACUGUGUUUCUAGAACGUAAUACUAAGUAUGAUGGGUGUAUGAUAUUUUGUUUAUACAACUUUAAAAAGUUUAAGAUGGGGUAAUUGUCUGUCUGUCAGUCUGACCUUCGGUCUGUUUGUAUGUUUCAUGUGUAUGUGUUAGGCACCUAUGGAAAAGCUUAAACAGAAUGUUUCAAUCCUGAUUUAUUAUCCGUGUGAAUAAAUUGGCAGUGUUGUAAUGUAGUCGAGUCCGUCACAAGUCCAUCAGAAGAUUGGUCAAACCUAAAUCACAAGUCUGUUCUCAAGCAACGGGAUGAACAAUUACAAGGACUCCCUUGGUCACAGCUGAUGGGAAUAGUUUGUGACUUGACUUGAGAGUGGAGACCUUGUGAUUUAAACCAAGAGUUGGCCAUGGAGAGUUCAUUUUUCCCAGUGCAUUGUGGGAGAUGGUCGACAAAUUCGCAACGCGGGACAUUUGAAAUUAUUGGUUUUUCUGGUCAGGAGUUUCGUAAGCGUAUGAAUCAAGUAUCUGUUUGCCCUUUUCUUUUCUUUUUAUCAAUAUGGUGUUUUUUGUAAGGCGGCAGAACGCUAUGCCCAAAUCUAUAACAAAUUAGCUCAAGUUGUCUAAUGACACUAAUGACGAUGUGAAAUGUAAUUCCCAUUGUCUUUAUAAAAGCAUUUUAUUGCUGAUCAGGUACGAAGUGUUAGCCAAUUGACAUCAGUAUGUUCUUGAAGUUCUGUAUGUCCACUCACACAUAUCUGUAAAUUUUGAAAUGUUACAUAGUUGUUUCUCGGAACAGAUAAGUCACUAUGGCAUAAAUAAUAUAGAUUAUAUGCACUUCAAUUACAGUGUCUUGGGUUUUUCAAUGUUUUUGAGUAGUUAUUACUAAAAAAAAAUACAUAUAAUUUCCCAAAAAUCUGAGGUGUUGAUUUGCCAUGCAUAUAGUGGGGGGAAAAAUGGUUUAAAAAUUGAGGGUUAAAACCCAAGACGAGUCAUCGUAUCAGUGAUGCCUGCCAGUUGAGGUUAUCACGUUAAUUCAUUGUACAGGAUAUUCAGCAUAUUAAUUCUUAGACUAGUUCCCUGGAUGAUCUUUUUGUAGGUAUUACAGUGUACAAAUGUAUUUUUGUACUGACUCUGUUUCUCCUGUACGUAUGUAUGACGGUGACAGAUGUUGUUUCAGUAGUACAUUCACACAUGUUUAAUUUGUCUUGUGUAAAUUUGGUCGAUCGAUUUAGGUAUUGAUAAUGAAAUACAGAAUGUAGAUAGUGACUGUGGUAGCGGGAGUGAUGUUUAGUCAGGAGUAUUAUACAAAUCAGACUUUGAGUUAUUUGUGUAGGGUGUUGUGGACUCCGGCGCAGGUACACCUGCAGCAGUGAAAAGAUGAAAGUUCGCUGCAAGUGUAGGGUCGCUACUAAAUUACUCAACUACGGCUUGCAAUAACACAUGUACCUAUGGAAGCCACUGAAGCAACUCCCCAUAGACAUUGUGUGUUACUGCUAGUCAUAGCCACGUCAUUCAGACGCAUCCUGGCGCUCUUCCCUGGUAACAAGUAUUUCAUGUUGUUACUUGUGAUAAUAGCACGGGUGAACCAGCAUCGUGAGAACUCUCGCCUUUUUAGGUUGGUUCCUCUUUGCAAGUCAGGAAUGCGGACAAAGGGAGCUGGGUACCAGACUUGGUUGUCAGUCAUAACUUUGCCUUCCAAAUGGUUAGCGCCACAUGUAGACCAGGGAAAUGCAAGUGUUUUCACUUUCGCUGUUGGUAGGAUACACAAUUGCGCCAUUUUUUGUUUAGUUUGUACAAACAGGUCCUAACAUUAGCACAUUUUAUGAGAUGAAUCUGUACUUGCCACAACGUGGAGGGCCUAUCAGACAAGUUUCCAAGACUUGUGAUGGGAAAUAUUUGUGUGAUUUCAUUUUCCGUGCGUAGUGGGGGGUUUGUGGGCACGCAGUCUUUAUGUGAUCAAAAAGAAAUGUUUUAAUAGCACAUCAGGACAUUAACAAUUUCGGAUCCAUUUUGGUUAAUUUUAUUAAGAAAUCUGUUAAUAAACGAAAGGAGAAAGUUUGGAGAAACAUUUCACCUUGAGCGUUUCACAAGGUAGCUGAUAACAUGAUUUAAUUAAAGUGUCUUAAACAUAGUUUGUGGAGUUGACGAAAAAUCAACGUUUUUCUAUUUCCUAAUUGAAUUGUUGAGAUAAUUGGAGACAUACAUUUCUGUAAAUCAUCGUAAUUUAAAAUGUUGUUGUUACUAUUGUAAAAAUACAACAGUGAAAUUUAUCUACAAUGUCGAAAUAUUUUAAUUCACAUUUUCAAAACAAAAAAUUGAAGAAUAACAUCAAAUAAACAGCAGCUACAUGCCAUUAUUUUUUGCUGCCCAAAGUUUAAUAAGCACUUUACAAAGUUGACAAGCUUUUAUUUUACAUUAGACAGUACCCCAACAUGAAAUGUAAUGUAGUUUGAUUUACUGUAAGGUGUAAGCAAAUCAAAAGAAAUGUUAAUUCCACUUUUAAAAAUGUAUCUUGUUUCUAAGGCAGUUUAGAAAACUGGAAUGUUACUCUGAGUCAAAUUUAAAAUGACUGUGGCUUUCAGUUUUUUAAUGGUUUUGUUUUAUAUGAUUAAGUCAAACAUAAUUGUGUUGUUGAUUUCUCUGCUCUUGGAGUAAAAAUAAAAGUUUGUGUCAGAUGAAUGAAUGGACGGUAAUAAAGUACACCGUUAAUUAAAAA